ACUCAAGUGUUCUGUCAUCCAUCAUCGUAAAUUAUUUUGGAAAAUCGAUAUUUUAUUUAAUUGUUUUUGUUUUUAGAUUUAAUCGUUUACUAAAUAAUAUAAUAUUUGUUAAUAAAUCAAAAUGGGAUGUGAUGGUGGUACUAUUCCCCGUAGAGAUGAACUAGUUCGUCUAAAGAAGAAAGCUGAACAGAAAGACAAAGAUGCUGAACGUCAAUUCCGCUGGUUGCAUUGUGCACUUACUCAGCAACGUCUCCAAGAACCGAUUGUAAUGUGCACUCUAGGCCGUCUCUAUUCCAAACAAAACGUCAUUGAACAGCUGCUGGAAAAAGACAAGAUGCCUGAGUCUUCAAAACAUAUUAAAAAUAUGCGUGACAUUAAAGACUUGCAUCUUACACCAAAUCCAGCUUUCAAAGAUUGCAAUAAAACCGAAGGCGGUCUGGAUCCCCGAGGAUCCCCAUACAUUUGCAAACUCAUGGGCAUUGAGAUGUCUGGAAAUUUUCGAUUUAUUGCUUUGUGGACGUGUGGCUGUGUUUUUUCGGAACGAGCUUUAAAACAAAUUAAAGCCAACACUUGUCCAUUGUGUCAAGUUCCUUAUUCAAUUGAAGAUGUCAUUGUUCUAAAUGGAAACGAAGAAGAUAUUGAGAUGAUGAAACUCAAAAUAGAAAUGCGUGCGGCUAGAAAAAAAUCAUCAAAGAAAUCAAAAUCAAAAAGUUCAAACCCGACUGUAACUGCGACGGUAACUACUGCUAGUGAAGAAGUUAUUGAGACUAAUUCAACAGACUCCAAGGAAACAAAACUUGUGGAAGACUUGCCUAGUACAGAAGAAGUGCCAACUUUGUCAACUCAAGGAGGUGCAACCGAUCCAGCUUGCAGUGGAACAAGCAAACUUGGAAAAAAUACGUAUCAUUCAACAAACAAAAGGCAGGGCGCUAAAACCCUAGAAGACCCAGAUAUCAAGCGAUUGAAAGAUGACUACAGUGUUGCUCAUGACCCCAAAGCAACCAAUGUCUACAAGUCAUUAUUUACGAGCCACAAAAGCGAACAAGAGCAGAAUAGAGCACAUUGGGUUACGUAUAAUCCGUUUUACAAUUAAACAGAAUUAUUGACAUAAGUAAAUGAUUUGUUUAAGAACAAAAGCCAAAUUAUUAGAACUUUUGCAACUAGAGAAAGAAGCUUAAGACAGGCGAUAUACCUUCGUUUGUAAAUGUGGCAGAACGUGAAGCUUGACUUCAAGUUAAACGUUUUUAAUAUUUAAUAAUAAAAAUAACCAAAGCGUUUUUAUGAUUUCUCUCUGGGUUCUGAAAUGUUCAAAAUAAAUAAGCGUUCGUUUUCAACUCAUCAUUAUUAAUAAAUCCAAUUUUUUGAAUAAAAAUUUUACCAUAUAGGUAUUCCGAAA